AUGGUCACUUCCUUUUUGCACUCUUUACAUCAUUGUCACUUCCCUUUCCCAUCUUUACUUAAUGGUCACUUCCGUUCCACUCUUUACAUCAUGGUCACUUUCCUUUUUCUCUCUUUAUUUAAUGGUCACUUUCUUUUCACUUUUUACAUCAUGGUCACUACCCUUUCCCCUCUUUACUUAAUGGUCAUUUCCUUUCCACUCUUUACAACAUGUUCUCUUUCCCAUCCUUAUUUAAUGGACACUUCCUUUCCACUCUAUCAAUAUCAGUCUCUAUUUUUGAUUACUGGUCAUUUCCCUUCCCGCUCUUUACCUAACUCACUCACUGUCCCUCUUUUCAUUGGUCAGUUCACGUCUGUCUCCAUUCUUAGUGUUCACGGACUCUUUCUUUGUUUACAGACCAAUGUUCUUUCCUCUUUUUACUUAAUGGUCACUGGCAUUUCUUCUCUUUACUCAUUUCCUUUUCCUUUCUUUCGUACAUGUCACAUCCGUUUCCUCUUUUUACUUAAUGGUCACUUUCCUUUCGUCUCUUUAUUUAAUGGUCACCUCCUUUUCUACUCUUUAACACGUGUUUACUUCCGGUUCCUCUCUUUACUUAAUACUGACUUCAUUUCCCUCAAUUUUCUUACGAGUCACUUCCCUCUCAUUACUAAUUAUUCACUGACCUGUCCUCUGAUUAUUUCAUAG